AUGGAUCCUUUCGCAAAAUUGCCAACCGAAAUCAUUUGGCAAAUUCUUGAAUCUUGCUGCGACUUCACCAGCUUGGACGGUCUUCAACAAAUAUCUCCCCGAGCGAAGGAAGUUUACAACAGCUCGUUCAAAAGGAUCACCGAACACGUCCUGAGAAACUGCUCCCUCACCUCGCACGGGCUUCACUACUAUUUCACACGCCUCGCCUCCAUUUUAUCGACUUCAUUCACUCCACAAGCCCUGCUAGAAGAGCUCGCUGGCUCACCAGGGGAUGUUAUGCGACCUAUUCCCCUUUCCACCACCCACUCACUAGCGGCGGUGCAUCAGACUGUAAACGCAGCAGCGAAAAUACAUCUCACUGCCUGUGCUUGUCUUCAGCGUUUCAUUAAUCGUCUUGAGUCCGCAGAGCCCCGCCGUCCCAUGGCUCCCGUUACUACUGUAGUGGAUUGGAUGCAUGGAAGAAUUCCACCACCCAAAGGUGGCGAGCUCAUCCAAUUCGAUGUUGAUCCACCAACAUGGAUCGAGGUUUAUCGGACGCAUCGAGGCCUCUGGAAACUUGAGCUCUUCCACCAGAUCCACAAUGCUGCAACAAACUACUGGCUAUGGUCUACGCAUGAUCUGGACUACUUCGUUGAACAAUAUCUGGAAUGGUGUCAGUAUCCGGGGGGAACAGAAGAGCUCCAGACGAUAUCGGAUUUCCAUUCCGUCACCAACCGAUUUGACGGUACAGACAAGCUGGCCUCUGCCAAAUAUUCAAGAUACACAAGUGGAUUCGACAUGGGGUCGGAGUCCGAGAUUUACGAUGGGCAGAAACCGCGUGCUUGGUUCUUUCAAUGCCCUUCGUGGCAGUGA